AUGGACCAGAAUAUCGAGCCAUGUUACACUUGUCGCAAUCGGCGCAUUCAAUGUGACCAGUCUGGUGUGCCUUGUGCAAAAUGCCAAAAGGCUGGCUUGGAGUGUUUUGAUAAAAGGCCCCUCCGGUGGGUCAAGGGUGUUGCUAUUCGCGGGAAAAUGCAAGGCCGUUCAUUCACGGGCAAUGCAUCCAAUAAUGAUAAGAAAUCAGCUUUGAUAAGUAUAAGGCAGUCAAUGGUUCAGUGCAGGCAUGGUCAGACUGGGAAAUUGGACUUCAAUAAUUUUACCCUUGAUUCUAUACCAGAUUCUAUACCGAAUCUGUCAUUCAAUCUCCAAGACCCAUCAUUUUUGCACCUGGAUCGACUUUCCCGAUAUUAUAUCGAUUACUAUAAUGACCGGAUUUGCAAACUCUUCAUUGUAUAUGAUAGCGACAAGAACCCAUUCAGAAGUCUUAUUGCACUCGGUCUGAAGGAUCCGACUCUUCUCAAGGCUCUUCUGGCACUUGCAGCGCGGCACCAUUUCAACACCGGCCAAUCCUUUAAUCAAGCCGAAGAAUCAACAGAGCCCAGAUUCGUCAACGCGAAUCGGGAUGCAUUAUCUUAUAAACAUCAGGCCAUGGAAGCUUUAUCCAAUUCGUUGCGGGACAACCAACAUAUCAAGCACGACACGACAGUGGCCAGCAUCUUCCUCUUGAUUUUCCUGGAUUUGAUAGAGUCCGGUAGCGAUGGCUGGAACUUUCAUCUCGAGGGAGCUAAAAAGCUGAUCGCUUCUACAUACCCACCAUCUGAAAGCCAAGCUGGAGUCAAUCAAGGACCCGGGGGGACUGUGCAAGAUAUUCGGGGAUUUAUCACUACACAGAUCCAUCUGAUUGAAACACUGAGUGCCGCGUUCCUUCGGCCAAACUUAUUAUCACAGUUCAGCUCGCUCAGCCUGGAAGAGCCACAGGUGGAGGAAACCAUUGAAAAGUCUUUCCUUGGGUGCCCAGAAUACCUAUUAACAGCCAUUCAACGUCUCUCUGCGCAGCGAGAUAGCAUGGCAGGGUCUAUGCCACUCGAUCCCGUCACAAUUGCGUCCAACCAGAGGGAUAUAAUAUCAUUGCUGGAUCUCAUUCGGAGCUUUGAUUGUUAUGCGUGGGCCUCAAGCUUACAAUGGUCCGAGGAGUCCUCACCUCAAGACACUGCAAACAUCUGCCUACUAUCACAGGCAUAUAAAAUCGGUUCUCUUCUCUAUGGUGGGAGGAUUCUUGAUGCCCUAACCGGGGAAGAGACUUUCCAAGAUGACCUGGUCUCGGAGUUAUUGGGUGUAGUCGAUUCUUUGAAGGAUGAUCCGGCCCUGUUCAAAUGCAUUCUCUGGCCGGUCUUUGUAGCUGGGUUGGAAUGUCAGUGGCAAGCUCAAAGGGACUUUCUCAUGACCUGUCUCGAGAAGUUCUGGACUCUCACCAGGUGUUUAAAUGGUGUGAAUGCAGCCAAAACCCUACAAGAAUAUUGGCACCAAGAUUCGCCAACGGCUCGAUCCCAGUGGAUUUUUAAUAUCGGUAAUCUAGGUCGAGACUGGCUUUGGAUUUAA